GCAAGCAGAUUUAUCAGGCUCCUCAGUUGACAAAAGCUACACUACAAGAAACAGGGAUACAGGGCAUAUUAAAAAGCAGUAUCAAUCUUUGUGAACAUAAAGCCUCAUAUAUUCAUACUUUCACUAAUCCGUUAUCUCCUAUGAGAUUGAAGAAGAAAACUUGGUACAACACUCCACGGAAGGUAAGGGAUGCCCCAGCUGACCCUGGAGAGUUUUUUCUCAGCAGUCUUUGAUAAUGAACAUGUGGAUUUCUGUUCAUUAAAUUCAACUGACCACUUUAGCUUACUUCCAGGAGCCUAGAUUCUCACUUCCACCAAUUGAUUAUCUGUAUGAAAAUUGAUCUACACCCACCAUUAAACAGCACUGAUGGAUUGACUACAACAUUACAAACCAAAGAAACAUUGGAGGGGAAUCUUAGUUAGUAAAAGAGAAUUUGAUGUUGAAAAGCCCUAACAAGGCAAGACUUAUUUUCCUGUUUACCCUGUAAGAACUAAUGUAAUUGCCACCAUUAAGAAGAAGCCAUGAACAGCACAUGUAUUGAAGAACAGCACGAACUGGACCACUAUUUGUUUCCAGUUGUUUACAUAUUUGUGAUUGUAGUCAGUGUCCCAGCCAAUAUUGGAUCUCUAUGUGUGUCCUUUCUGCAAGCAAAGAAGGAAAAUGAACUAGGAAUUUACCUCUUCAGUUUAUCAUUGUCAGAUUUGCUAUAUGCAUUCACCCUGCCUCUGUGGAUUGAUUACACAUGGAACAAAGACAACUGGACAUUCUCUUCUGCUUUGUGCAAAGGGAGUGCUUUCUUGACAUACAUGAACUUUUACAGCAGCACGGCAUUCCUCACCUGCAUCGCCAUAGAUCGCUACUUAGCAGUUGUCUACCCUUUGAAGUUUUCUUUUCUAAGGACAAGAAGAUUUGCAUUCAUAGUCAGCCUGUGUAUCUGGGUAUUAGAAUCCAUCUUUAAUGCUGUCAUUUUGUGGGAAGACGAGACAACUAUUGAAUAUUGUGAUGCCGAGAAGUCUAAUUUCACUCUAUGUUAUGACAAGUACCCUUUGGAGAAAUGGCAAAUCAACCUCAACCUGUUUAGGACGUGUACAGGCUAUGCAGUACCUUUGUGCAUCAUCAUGAUUUGCAACCUCAAAGUCUACCAAGCUGUACGGCAUAAUCAAGCCACAGAAAGCAGUGAAAAAGUAAGAAUCAUAAAGCUGCUUGUUAGCAUCACGUUGACUUUCAUCCUCUGCUUUACUCCCUUUCAUGUGCUGGUGCUGAUUCGUUGCAUUUUAGAGCGGGAGAUCAACUUUGACAACCACAAGUCUGGGAAGCAGACAUACACAAUGUAUAGAAUCACAGUGGCAUUAACAAGUUUAAACUGUGUGGCAGAUCCAAUUCUGUACUGUUUUGUAACGGAAACGGGAAGAUCUGAUAUGUGGAAUAUAUUAAAGUUCUGUGUUGGGAAACAUAACAGAUCACAAAGAGAAAGGAAACGCAUACUUUCUGUGUCUACAAGGGAUACUGUGGAAUUAGAGGUCCUGGAAGAGAACAGAGAAUUGGGGGGAGAUAGGAGAGAGAGUAAGGUACAUGAUAUUAUAUAAUCAAAAUUACAUUUGAAAAAGGGCUGUGUUUGCUGAGUAUUUUGAACCUGUCCAAUGGAAAUAUUUUCAAAGUACAUUGUACAAUUUCCCCCUUGACUUUUGUGAAAUGAAAUGUAUCAGUGAAGCUAUGGGACUUUCUCAAUUGUGCCCACUCCUAAGUGCUCACAUUUCUUAGGAGACACAAGCUAUGGACUUCAACAUAUGGGUAGAUACCAGUUUUAAUUUGUUUACAUUUUUGACUUUACAUUUUCUUAUUCAGAAUGUUCUUUUUUAGUUAGUGAACUCAAAAAUACUCACUUUGCAGAGCCAGAAAAGAGACUACCUUAAAUGCAUAUUUUUUAAAGCCUCCAUUUCUCUAUCUAGUCUGGGGCAUCUUUAUGGAUGAAGGGGAACUUAAAAGACAUUUAAAAAUAACCAUCUUAUAUUGUCCAAAUUAUAUAAUAUUAUCUCCCUGGUAGCAGCAAGUCUUUUAAAACUGACUUAUUCAUUUUCUCUUUCAAGCUAGGCUAACAGGUCUCUCCAGUAAUAGAUAUCUCCAAAAGAUAUCUAUUGGAUCUCCAAAGAUCCCUUUUGGAGAUCUUUUGGAGAUAUCUAUUACUCCAAAGGAUAUCAAAUAAAUAAUUAUUUGUC